AUGUCUCUCUUGGCCGAACCAUCAUCACAAAGUUAUUUAGAACACCAAUUGCAAAAUGCAAAAGCAAGGGAGCUGCAGUGGAAGGCCGUACUUCCCUUUAAAGGCUUGAUUGACCAUGAAGACGAGACAGUCAAUUUAUUUGACUAUGUAGGCAAAGAACAACAGUGGCGCCGGGAUCAUGCUAUUAGGUUCGAUCCUCUGCAAUUUCCCCCCACCCCCAUUGGAAGAAAGGAGCUUAUGAACCAUCUCAGGGUGAUUGCAUGUUACCACGGGUCCAAAUUUCAUGCUGAUCCAAAAACUGGCCUACUCAGGUGCUACAGAUGCAGAAUAAGUGCUACAACAAAUAAAGACGACCCCAACGACUAUGACCCAUGUGGAAUUGCGGCUGAUAUAAGGAGAAAGGGACUGCACAAUGAUAGAAGAAAUAACAGGGACAACGGCCAGAAAAGGAAACGUGCCACAACCACUGCUAAAGAUACAACUGGUAAUCUCCUUUGCCGCUUGAAGCUGACUUUUGGUAUCCACAAAGACAAUGCUCUACCUGGCGGUGGGUAUAUAUUCCUUAAGUGCACCGGAAACAACAUGCAUCAGCAUCACAUACAGCCUCAGAAUGGUGAACUAAGUAUUCCUGCCAACCUGUUGACAAAGGAACAAUGUCGGAUCAUCUAUGCCCAACAGCAUGCAUUUGUUGGAGGCACUCAAGCACGAAAAGUGUUACUUGAACUCAGACACGGUUUCAUAUCUGCCUCCACACAUAGAAGAGUGAUAGAAACAGCCCCUGAUGCUAUAACCGCCAAACCGGGAACUGGCCGGUCAUCAGCCUCUGAGCUUCUGAACUGGCUCCGCCGUGAAGCCUCCAAGCCUGGUGAUUCAAAGAUGUCUUAUUGUGUUCUAUCGUAUGAAAUUAGACCUGAGACACUCAACCUUGUUUCAGAUUUCAUCCGGAAGCCAGUCGGAUGA